AUGGCGGAGGAGGAUACUGUAUCUGGAGAAGGGUGGAUCUCAGAUGAUAGCAGUUUCUAUGGUGACGAGGAUGAAAAACAACACCAAUCAAAAAAGUGUGAAAGCUUCAAGACCGGACCUUUCUGGCGCGCACAUGCCAAAGACCUAAACACAAUCGCGGCUGCCGCAAGAACACCAGCACCACCAUCAGAUGGAGCCGUGUCAGACAAGCAACCUGCGGCAAAGACUAACACCUUCGACAUGUCGGGUAUCGACCGCCAAGCUAUGGAGCAGGAGCGAUUAGCAAGACAAGGCAAGCGAAAGCGAGAGCCCUCACCUGUGUCAGCCUCGAAACUUGAAUUGUUCAAUCCUUUGGAAGGACAGGAUGAUGCGUGGCAGCUAGGCGAGCCUGUUGAUGACUUUGUCAGGCGACUUCCUCCAUACACAACCUCCAUCUCUACAUGUCCCUGGAUCUGGGCUGCUAAUCCGUAUCGCAAUCCUCGCGACAAGUCACCUUCGCCGCGCGUUCACGACUUUACAUCGCGUGGCACGGAGUUACUUCAACAGUCGCUCCAGACCCGCCACGACAUCCAGAAUGAAGGCGCGAAGGGGCCUAGGGGCAUGGUUACUAAACAGCUCCUCCAAGAGAGCAAAGCUCUACAAGAACGGAUCUCGGACCUUGCAAAGGACACGCAUGUUCUGUCCGGAAAGUGGAUGUUGUUCCCCAAAGCUGUGGAAGUUGCUCGGGUCUGGAAGCAAGUUGUCGCGAAUGUGAUCGAUAAUCGACUUGGAUGUACCUGCAAGGUGGCCACAGACGACGGCAAGGACGAGCGACUAAUCUGUGUCUACACAAAGGACUUCCUGGACGCUGAUGAUGUACUGCGAGUACUCCAUGAGCUUGAGACCAUGGGUCUCAUCAACAUCGGCAGGACCAUUUACUACAAACCAGACGCCUACACUUAUCUGGAUCUUAGACGAGAGACGGCUGCAGCAUAUGGACUCCAAGCUAGUCUUUACAACUCACGAACUCUGUUGGCAGCUAACAAAGUUCCAAAGUCAUCCUCGUUUCCGCAGAAGAAGCAGUCGACGCUGAAGAAGUGA